AUGAUGAAGUUUAUUUCAAAAUUGAGUCCUGUCGAAUUGAGGCAAGCUUUAAGUAUUAGUAUGGACUGUUACGGGUUAAAAAUAAAAGGCAUACAUUUCAUAAGUCAAUCAAGAGCAAUCGAAACGCUGGUGACCAUUGUGAAGCAAGUGUUGAAACCGAAGUUAGCUAAUCGUAUUUUCGUUCAUAAAACGCACGAUGAAAUACUUGAUAUUAUAGGCAAGGAUUUGUUACCGGUGGAAUUUGGUGGUAAUGAAAGGUCUAUUAAGGAACUUCAUGUGAGCAAACUUUGUAUUAAUGAUAAUCUUAUCAGUCAGAAAACUGUUUCAGAAGAAUGGGUGAAAGAAUUGUCCUCUAAGAAGCACUUGAAUUACAUGCGUCAAAUGUACGAGGCGUGUACCGACGAAAACCUCCGAACUCGAGAGAAGUUUAACGAGGAUUAUGCGGGGAUGCCUGGAACAUUCCGACUGUUAACUGUGGAUUAG